AGCACAAGAGCAAGAGAGCAGAUGGAUGAGAGACUCACUUGUCUUGGAGGGCGGAGCUGUGCAGGUACCUCAGACACCACGCCCACACAAUGGGAUUAUGGAUGUGUGUAACACCACUCAGCCAUCUGCCACAGGAGAACAACUGUUACACACCUACUCUGAACAUCUUGCAGGACUCCAAAGGGAGAGUGUAAGCCUUGGGGUCAGAUUCAAGUAUGAGGAGAAGUUUCCUGGUCUGAUCCAUGGGCUGCUGAGGUUCCUGGCCAGUGCGGUUGGGAUGAUGGGCACUGCCCGGACAGGGACUGCAUCUAGCAUACAGGCCAAAGUGACAGCCGCCCAGGACAGGUCAAAGUGUGUUUAUGAAUGGAUGAACAUUCCGAUCUCCGUGAGCCCCCCCUCAUUCCUUCACCCUCCGUUUCCGCAGCAACAGGGAAAAGAUGGCAGCCCUCGCGACCCUCACUCAGCUGUCAAGCGGGAACCCUGUAUAUGAGAACUUUUACAGACAGGUGGACCCGGGAAACACCGGGAGGGUCGGACCUACAGAGGCUGCCUUGUUUUUGAAGAAAUCAGGCCUGCCGGACAUCACACUAGGAAAGAUCUGGGAUUUAGCUGAUCCGGAUGGCAAAGGUUUUUUGGAUAAACAGGGAUUUUACGUUGCUCUGCGACUUGUGGCCUGUGCGCAGAGUGGACAUGACAUCAACCUUUCCUGUCUAAACCUCCCCGUUCCCCCUCCAAAAUUCAAGGACCAAGGUAGUCCAUCACUGAGUUCUGUAACAUCAACCAAUGAGAGCCUCUGGGCGGUGCGGUCUGAAGAGAAGAGCAAAUUUGAUGGUAUUUUUGAAAGUCUUGCCCCAGUGAAUGGAUUACUGUCCGGUGAGAAGGUCAAACCGGUACUAAUAAACUCCAAACUUCCUGUGGAUGUGCUCGGAAAGGUGUGGGAUUUGAGUGACAUAGACAAAGACGGACACUUGGACAAAGAUGAGUUUGCAGUGGCUAUGCAUCUGGUGUACCGCGCCCUGGAAAAGGAGCCUGUCCCCUCAGUCCUGCCCUCCUCUCUCAUCCCUCCAUCCAAAAGGAAGAAGUCCUCAGGGUCCCUGUCCAGCAUGGUGCCAGUGUUACCAGGCAGCCCGCCGCCACCUAAAGACAGCCUGCGCUCGACACCCUCGCACGGCAGCAUGAACUCCCUGAACAGCGCCGGCAGUUUGUCCCCAAAACACACCAUUAAAUCCUCACAGCAUUCAGUAAACUGGGUGGUACCAGUCGCAGACAGAGGGCGCUAUGACGACAUCUUCCUCAAAACAGACACUGAUCUUGACGGCUUUGUGAGCGGCCAAGAAGUUAAAGAUAUCUUCAUGCAUUCCGGCCUUUCUCAGAACCUCCUGGCACAUAUUUGGGCUUUGGCGGACACCAGGCAAAUGGGCAAACUCACACGUGAGCAGUUCUCUUUAGCCAUGCAUCUCAUUCAGCAGAAAGUGAGCAAAGGCAUGGACCCUCCACAAGCUCUGACUCCAGACAUGAUCCCACCGUCUGAACGCAGCACACCGGGACCUAGUUUGUCGGGUUAUAUGACACCAGUAGGCUCUGACAUGGCCGCACUGACUGAGAUGCGCCGGGACAGCUCCAGCUCUGUGGGUUCAGGCGAGUUCACUGGGAUUAAAGAACUGGACGAUAUAAGUCAAGAGAUCGCUCACCUGCAGAGAGAGAAAUACACUUUGGAACAAGACAUCAGAGAAGCGGAGGAGGCGAUCAGACACAAGACCACAGAGGUUCAGGAGAUGCAGAACGAUCUGGACCGAGAGACCUCAACCCUGCAGGAGCUUGAGGCACAGAAGCAGGAUGCUCAGGACCGGCUGGAGGAAAUGGACCAGCAGAAGGCAAAGCUGGAAGACAUGCUUAAUGACGUGCGGCAGAAGUGCCAGGAAGAGUCGCAAAUGAUCUCAUCCCUACAGUCCCAGAUCCACUCGCAGGAGUCGGACCUGCAGAGCCAAGAGGAAGAGCUGGGCCGGGCCAAGUCUGACCUGAACCGUCUGCAGCAGGAGGAAGCUCAGCUAGAGCAGAGUCUACAAGCUGGCAGGAUUCAGCUCGAAACCAUCAUAAAGUCCCUCAGAGCCACACAGGACGAGAUCAACCAGGCUCGGAGUAAACUCUCCCAGAUCCAGGACAGCCAACACGAGAUCAGCAAGAGCAUUGAGCAGUACAGCAGCACCCUGAACGGAACCCACGGCGGCAGCAUGACCAACCUGGCCGACAUGAGCGAAGGCUUUCCAGAGAAGGAGAAUGGCGGUUUCGGAGCCAUAGAAGACCCUUUCAAGGUGAAAACCACUGUGUUCAACAGCGCCCCGCAGGAGAUGCACAUGGACCCCUUCCAGUCUGAAGACCCAUUUAAAACAGACCCAUUCAAAAGCGAUCCAUUCCAGAAUGACCCAUUCUCAAAGCAGGCCUCCACAGUUGCAGAUCCUUUCGGUGUAGACCCUUUCAAAGAGGCCGACCCAUUUAGGAACUCUUCUGAAGAUUUCUUCAAGAAACCCUCGAAGCCAGACCCCUUCAGCAAUGCUGAUCCUUUUAGCAAAAGUGCCACACUUCCCUCAAAGAGUCAUAAUUUCUCGAGUAAUGACCCCUUCAGCUCCACCAGCCCCAAACCAAAGGGCCAAGAUUUCUUUGGUACUUUGGACCCUUUUGGAAGCAGUUCAUUCGGCAGCAACAGCGGAUUUGCAGACUUCAGCCAAAUGUCAAAGGACUUUGUAGACGACCCCUUCAGCCGAAAACAAGACAUGCCAGCUCUCCCACCCAAGAAAAGCAUACCACCGCGACCCAAACCACCUAGCGGUAAAAGCACUCCAGUAAACGUGCCCGGAUCUGCCGAUUCGGCCAAGACAAGUGAUCCUUUCCAGCCCUUCAGUGCCGACCCUGCUGAUCCGUUUCAGAGUAAAAAGGGGGUGGGAGAUCCGUUUAGUGGCAAAGACCCAUUUGCUCCAUCUGCCUCAAGUAAAGCCUCUAAAGACUCUUCAUUGGGUUUUGCAGACUUCAGCUCUGAACUGACCGAAUUAAGUUUGGGAAUGAAGCCCAGCAGAUGGAGUGGGCGAAGAGGGAAAGCGAGAGAGCGGAACGGGAACGGCUAAAGAGACUCCGUCAGCAAGAGCAGGAAGACCUGGAGCUUGCCAUCGCUCUCAGCAAGGCAGAGAUGUCCAAUGCCUAACUGCCUUCCCCUCACAUCCACCCUUCUGUACACUACAGCAACGAUUGUGUGCGUGCGUGAUGGACCAAGAUUAAACACAUGCAAGACCAUUAAACCUCUGUCCUUUUGUGUUUUUGUACAGGAGUGCGGCCUAUGGUUUGUAAAUCAGCUAAUUCACUCGACAUGCACUGCAUUAACCUCUCAGAUGGAGUAUAUAGUUUAUUUAAAGUGUAUUUGUGUGAUUAAAUGUGCAUCAGCAGAGCCAUGGACAUUUGAAGACCGUUAUUGGUGCAGUAAUCUGCGGAUCAUUAUCUCCAGUGGGUUGGAAAAAGGAAUGAGAAACCUCUAAGAAAGUUGUGUUUGGAUCCCAGGUAGGGUCGAACCAGAAACUUGAAUUACCGACGCUAUACUCCCUCCUUUCGAGCCCUUGAGCAAGGCACUUAAUUCCAGGUUUCUUCCUGAAUUAAAUUGCUGUAAGCGUACUGUAAGUCGAUUUGGAUAAAGAGCAUCUGCUAAAUAAUAACUUUUACUGGCUCUGGUUGUAGUCAGUAUGGUACACACUGGAAUUACUGCAGCGCCUGCAGACUAAAUGUCUGUAAGGAUCUUUUGACAUGACGUAAAGCUGAACGAACGACAGUGUGAUUCUGGAAGUAUUGUUUGAUAGAGAUUUGAUUUUUUUUAUUUUAUUUUAUUUUUUACUACUUUGUAGAGAAGAAGGUUCAGCAAAACUGCACUGAUUUUUUUUUUUUUCAUAGUAAAUGGCGUAGCAAUUUGAUACCACUGUAGGACUCAACAGUUAGGAAUUCUUUUAAGUAUUUGCUAGAAAUAUUUUUCAAAACAUUUUCUGUCAUUAUAUUGAUCGUUCUAUCUAUUUAUCAUUUUUUUUAGUCUAUACUGUUAGUUUGUGCUUUUAUCUUUAUAUCAUUCUAUUCCAUCUAUCAUUUGUUCAUUAGUUCUAUCUAUCAUGCAUUAUCUUGUUUAUCUAUUGUUCGAACGUUCAUUCAAUUCUUUCGUUCUAUAGUUUAUUUUUGUUCAUUCUGUUUUUUUAUUGUUUGUAUUUGUUCGUUCUGUCUUUCGUUUUUCUAUCGUUCUAUCAGUCUGUCUAUCAUUCCUUUUGUUUGUUUGUUCAUUCAAUCUUUUGAUCAUUCUGUCAAUCAUUCUCUGUUAGACAAGUUCAAUAAAUGUUGUGCAAUGGUCUUGUACAGAUCUUGAGAUUUUCAGUGGGCCCAAACGAUUUCACACUGGCCAUCUUUUGAGCCAUCCUCAUUGUUGAGUUCUGCCGUGAUAUAAAAUUUGGUUGCAUAAGCGCCUCCAUGAGGGAAUUAGUAAAUGUUUCAUUUGUUUCGCUAUUUAGAUUUCCAUCGUCUUUAAUUUGUUACUAAUUUUGUCUGCAUAAUCUGUGGGCUUGAAAGCACAAUCCUGCAGUUGUGCUAGUUAGUAAAAUGGCUAUCGUUUGAACCCGUAAAUAGAACAGAUAAAAAAACACUUCUUUUUUUUUUUUUUCGCAAUUUCAUGUUUUUUUAAUUGCAGACAUCUGCAGAUUUAAUGUGUUAAAAUUUUAAACAGUCAGGAUUACCUGUCGGUAGCUGAAGGCACACUUAGUUUAGCCUAAAUUUAUUAAUCUGGCAAAGUAGAACUUUUUGAAUUUAGGUAGAUUCUUUUAAAAAAGGUAGUUUAAUUGCUGUUGUCAUUUAUUGUUUGGUUAGCCCUAUUUUUUAGUCCGUGAGCGUUUUGGCGAUGGUACUUCCUGGCACAUUUCAAACCUGUGUUUUUGUAUGAUUUAAUUAUCAUACUACAUAACAAUACACAAGUUUUUGUUGUUGUUGUUGUUAUGUUCCAUCUGCUGUUUUCUUUUUAACAGUAGAUUCUUUAUCUGGUACUAUUAACGCUUUAACCACGAUCUGUUCAUCCAACCUCGAAUCAUUGGAACAGCUGUUGUGGUCGGUCAUUACAGGUACAUUUUCCUGUGUAAUGAUUGAUGCUCAUGUCCUACAUUGUGGACACAAAUGUUGUGUAAUGUUAAGAUGAACAAUUGUGACAUAUCCCAGUCCACUGCUAAAUUUCAGCUACGUCAUCUUUCUGUCACUCUUUUUUUUUUUUUAGUUCCUCUUUUUUUCUGUACUUCCAAUCAGCUUGUGUUGUUUUGACCGCAAAUAGCUGCUUGACACUCCUUGGUCAUGUUAGUGUCACGUUAAACAGUGUUAUUUUGUCUAAUUUAAAAUAUGUUAAACGUAUUAGAUGGAGCAUAGCUCACAGUGAAACUAAUGCAGUUGUUUUUGAAGCGAUUUAUGUCAUUCCAGUACUACACUAAUCUUCAGUCAGUUGAGCUUUUUAACAAAACUGAUCGUCUUUAAGGAUUGGAAUUGAAAUCUGUUGUGUCCCAGAUACAGAUAACUUGAUUUCCUGGCCUAUCAAGGGUUUUAUGCCGUAAUGUAGGCUGGGUGUUGGUCUUUGGUCUUGGCUUUUCUGCCUUUUACUGUUACAAAAAAAAUAACAAAACCAAUCAAACUGAAUAAACUUUGCAAACAUUUUGUUUGCACUCCUGUUAUGCUGUAUUUGUCCUCCUUACCUCCAUUGUGCAAUAGUUUGUAUAUUUUAUUCGUUGUAAUACCUGUAAAUUCAUUUCAGAUUUUCGUAUAGUUUUAUUGUCUGCAUUUUGUCUUUUUAUUAAUUAAACUGAUUCUUUUUUUUUUGUCACCGUCAUCAUUUUGGGUAUAUGUCCCAUUAAACUCCAGCAGAAUGCAUUCCUUUUUGGCCUGCCUUUAACCCUCACCUGUGUAGAUAAGACAGCUAUUAACCCGAUAUAGAAAUGUAUAAGAGUAUACAUAAACCAUGUAAAUUAUGUGUUAUAUUUGUCCUAUGAAAGUGAGUAAAUGCACACGUGUAACUCAAAAUAUUUUAAGAAUUUCAGACUGCAUUGAUAGUGAUUAGUGAUGCUUAGAUUCCUUUGGAAAUGUUCAUGCUCCGUAUGUUGUCCCCUGAUUUCACAGAAUAAACAAUGUUUCAGAUGCA